AUGUCUUUAGGUGAAUCGCAAUACUCAGCUGCUGCAAAUGUUCCACUUAUAAAAUCACCGGGUCUUCGUGUUCCUCCUCCUGUGCAUCUACCACCAGACAUUCAUCCUCUUCCUGAUAGUGUCACCCCUUACUUCGUCUAUCCAUUCACCAUAGAACCUCACAUCCUCACAGUCGAAUCCUCUCGGCGCACAACACUUGCUGCACAUACCGCAAGGAGGGAAUCCUAUCUCCGUGCCAGAGAAGACGAGCAUGAGAGAAGGAGAAGGGAGGCUUUGAGGCGUGUCGCACCAGGUUUUGAUCCUGCAGCCCCGCUCGUGCCAGUUCGUGCUGAGGUUAAGAAGGAUGUGAUGGAUGACCUUGUAGAUCAGCUGGCUAGGAUGGAUAAUGGGUCUUAG